CUCUGAUAGUUUUUUAUAUAGGUAGAAAGCAUCAUAGUAUCCGGCGUUACAUAAUUAAGACCGGUAGAUGCAUAGAAGCGUCGACGGCGUCGUGAAAAAUGACUCCUUACUACGAGAUGCUAGCGUCAUCAACACGAUCGCAACUUUUCGGUCGGUAUGCCGCCUCUGCUAGUAUAAAUAAGAAUUGCAAGAUGGAAAUGGAAAUGGAAAUAGUCCCAGGCGGAACGCAAAGACGGAUCACAAAUAAACCCAUAUAACCCAAAUCUACCCAGUUAACUCGAACUUGCUAGAGGUAAAACUUAUAGCAAAAAUGAUCGCCUACAGCAGAGAAACCGAGGGUCUCACUCUCGUGCACGAGUUUGCCGACCAGGUAAAAGGGAGAACAUGUAAAGCCACUCUCGCACAUCCCCAAAUACUCCAGCGAACAAACUAACAGCACCCAGUCCUCCUCACCGGUCCCAGCCCGCGCGGCGUCGGAGCCGAGACCCUAAUCUCGCUAGCCGCAGCGUCACCCGCUCUACUCAUCCUCAUAGGACGCUCGCAAGAGAAGGCGCAAGCCACCAUCGACGCCAUCAAAGCAACCAACAGCGCCGUGGUGACCAAAUUCAUCGAAACCGACUUGACCUCUCUCGCGAGCGUGCGCAAGGCAGCCCAGACCAUCCUCACGGACGCCGAAAUCACCAAGAUCGACGUCGUCAUCAACAACGCCGCCGUAAUGGCCACGCCCUUCGAGCUGACGCAGGACGGCUUCGAGCUGCAGUUCGCGGCGAGCCAUUUGGGCCACUUCAUACUAACCAACACGAUCCUCCCGAAAGUCCUCGCCGCAGGCUCCGGCGCGCGCAUUGUCGGGCUGACGAGUUCCGGACAUCGAUACUCCGGGGUGCGGUUCUCAGACCCGAAUUUCCAGGAGCCGGGCUCAUACACUCGGUACGAUGCCUACGGACAGGCGAAAAGCGCUGUGAUCCUGUAUGCGGUGGCGCUGAACAAACGGCUAGCGAGGCGUGGGGUGCACGCUUACGCCGUGCACCCGGGUAGCAUACAGACGAAUCUGCAGAGCCAUGUGAUGCAAGUCCCGCCGGAGGAGCUGGCGGUGAUGAUGGAGGAUGCGGCGGUGCGGGUGAUGGGGAUGUCGCUGGAGGAAUACAGGCGGACGAACCCGUGGUUGACGCUGCAGCAGGGAUGCGCGACUACGCUGCGCGCGGCCCUAGACCUAGGGUUGGUGAAGCGGGAGGGCGUGUAUUUGCAGAAUUGCGAUUUGACUACUGAUGCGAAGUGGGUGAGGGAGUGGGCGACGGAUCCGGAGCUCGCGGAGAAGCUGUGGACGUUGAGUGAGGAGUUGGUUGGGGAGAAGUUUGAUGUUUAAGGGCUUUGGGAUUGGACAUCCUGGGUAUGAUAAUUGUUUGCAUAGUUAAAAUAGAGAUAUAUGUAUUUAGUUAGAAAUCAUGAUAUUAUCUACUAGGUAUAUAAAAAACGACCACUCUUUCCGUCACUAAUAAG